AUGCUUUUCAAUUUGAGGAACCUACUCAGCACUGUAGUUUUAAGAAAGAAUGGCCAACACCUGCUGCAACACUUCCAGCCUGGAGAACCAACUCAAACUAAUGUCCAUCUGAAAGGUCGUGACCUUCUAACUCUGCAAAAUUACACAGCAGAAGAAAUAAAGUAUUUGCUAUGGGUGGCAUCAGAUUUGAAACAAAGAAUAAAGCACAAGGGAGAGUAUUUACCUUUGAUGCAAGGAAAAUCUUUAGCCAUGAUUUUUGAAAAAAGAAGUACAAGAACUAGACUAUCCACAGAAACAGGCUUUGCUGUCCUUGGAGGACAUCCUUGUUUUCUUACAACACAAGAUAUACAUUUGGGCAUCAAUGAGAGUCUCACGGAUACUGCACGGGUGUUGUCUGGCAUGACAGAUGCAAUCCUGGCCCGAGUUUAUAAACAAUCUGAUCUGGACCUGUUGGCAAAAGAAGCCUCAAUCCCAAUAAUCAAUGGCUUGUCUGAUUCAUACCAUCCUAUCCAAAUUGUAGCUGAUUACCUUACACUUCAGGAACACUAUGGCCACCUGAAUGGGCUUACCAUAAGCUGGAUUGGUGAUGGAAACAAUGUGCUGAACUCCAUCAUGAUGAGUGCUGCUAAACUUGGGAUGCAUCUAAAUGUUGCUACUCCAAAGAGUUUUGAACCAGACCAUAGGAUCAUUAAAAUAGCUGAACAGUAUUCCAAAGAGUAUGGCACCAAAUUUCUUCUCACAACUGAUCCCUUGGAAGCUGCAAGUGGAGCCAAUGUUUUAGUUACAGACACCUGGAUAAGCAUGGGACAAGAACAAGAAAAGAUAGAGAGACUGAGGGCUUUUCAAGGUUAUCAGAUCACAAUGCAGACUGCAAAAGCUGCUGCUUCCGACUGGACAUUUUUACAUUGCUUACCAAGAAAGCCAGAAGAAGUUGAUGACAGGGUAUUUUAUUCUUCACGGUCACUGGUUUUCCAGGAGGCUGAAAACAGAAAAUGGACAAUUAUGGCUGUCAUGGUUUCCCUGUUGACGGAUUACUCACCACAGCUACAAAAGCCUACAUUUUGAUGUUUGGGUUCCUGCCAAGAAAAAUAUUCCU